AGGAGGGUUGCCCCGCCCCGCCUUGCCUUGCGUCAUUACUCGGCGUCUGCUUCAGGGGAGCGCGCGGACGCUGUUUUCCGUAUGUGCGCGAGAGAGCCUCGAGGGAUGGAAGCGUUAGCCUCGGAGCUGUACGGCGUGCAGGCGCUGCGCUUCGGCGAGUUCGUGCUCAAGAGCGGCCUCGUCUCACCGGUCUAUGUCGACCUGCGCGUCAUCGUGUCGCACCCGGCCCUGCUCAACAAGGUAGCAAGUUUCAUUUUUCAAACAGCAAAGGAUGCUGCAAUCAAGUAUGACACUGUGUGCGGGGUCCCAUACACGGCUUUGCCCCUGGCUACAAUCAUCUGCUCAACGAACCAGAUCCCAAUGCUUAUACGGCGAAAAGAAGCUAAAGAUUAUGGUACCAAACGUCUUGUGGAGGGGACAAUAAACUCAGGAGAAACUUGUCUGAUCAUUGAAGAUGUAGUUACCACUGGUUCAAGUGUUCUGGAGACAGCAGAGACCCUUCGCAAAGAGGGGUUGAAGGUUACAGAUGCUAUAGUGCUAUUGGACAGAGAGCAAGGAGGGGGAGCCCUGUUGGAGAAGCAUGGCAUACGCCUUCAUUCAGUAUGCACCUUGUCUAAAAUUCUCAAGAUCCUUGAGCAGCAGGAAAAAGUUUCUCCUGAGAUGGUGGCAAGAGUAGAAAAAUUCAUCCAGGAGAAUAUUAUUAAACUUUCUGAGCAAAAUGGUACUGCUCCUGUGAAAAGACUAUGCAAAGAAAUGAGCUUUACUGCUCGGGCUGAACUGCCAGACACUCAUCCCCUCGCUGCACAACUUCUCAGGCUGAUGGAGAAAAAACAGUCUAAUUUGUGUCUUUCUGCUGAUGUGACUAACUCCAAAGAAUUGCUCCAGCUCGCUGCGACUUUGGGCCCUUCCAUCUGUAUUUUUAAAACUCACAUUGAUAUUCUGGAUGAUUUCACCCAAGAAAUAGCCAAGGAGUUGAGAGCACUUGCAGAUAAGCAUGAAUUCUUGAUAUUUGAAGAUCGCAAGUUUGCAGACAUUGGAAAUACUGUGAAGCAUCAGUAUGAAGGUGGUAUUUUCAAAAUAGCAUCCUGGGCAGAUAUAGUUAAUGCUCAUGCUGUUCCUGGACCUGGAGUUGUUAAGGGAUUGAAAGAAGUAGGGCAUCCUUUACAGAGAGGGUGUCUCUUGAUCGGUGAGAUGAGCUCAGAAGGGUCACUGGCCACUGGUGACUAUACAAAAGCUGUGGUUAAAAUGGCUGAAGAACACUCAGAUUUUAUUCUGGGAUUUAUUUCUGGCUCCAGAAUUAUUGACAAACCUGAAUUUCUUCAUCUGACUCCUGGUGUUCAGAUGUUGGCUGGAGGUGAUAAGCUUGGGCAGAAGUACCUCAGUCCUCAGGAAGUGAUUGGUAAAAGAGGUUCGGAUAUCAUCAUUGUAGGCCGUGGUAUCUUAUCUGCGCCCAGUCGCCCAGAUGAAGCAGAGACUUACAGGAAAGUAGCAUGGGAAAGCUACUUGCAGAGAAUUGGUGUCAGUGCACAAAAAUAGCACAACUGCUGUGUUUCAUUAAGCAAGCCAAAUUCUAGAAGCAGGAAAGAUUGAGAAGGUAAUUCUUUGUUGUUAUUUUGCCUAAUGAAUGUUGUUGUAUGUUAAAAUUUUGCUAUAAAGUUAUUUGAGAAUCAGUACAGAAAUUGUAAAUUUUGACUCUGAAUUCAAACAGCUGUGUGUCGUCUGCUAUCCCAUUUUUAAAAACACUUUAAAGGGCUUUUUUUUUUAAUCCAGUGGUUUUGCGAACCACAGAGCCAUAAAGAUUGUGAGAAAAGAGGAAGCUGAGCAAAUCCUGAUCACAUUGCAUUUGCAGUAGUUUAAAGUUCUUAGUUGCUGCUCUCAGUUGUGUUAAAAUGUAAGGACUGAGUGUGAUAGGGUGCUAGGCCCUCUUCCACUUCCACAGGGCAGUUUCUCCACCUAGCAUUUGGUGCUUUAGAUCACGAUCUGAAAUAUGUUUCAAAAUCUUGCUUGGGUGCAGGAAUUGCAUGCCUUAGGUAUUAAUAUGCUUGUGCAAUACGUGGAGAUGAUGCAUUCCAUUAAUGAUCUGCUACCUUGAAGCACAUUCAGGAUCCUUGCUUCUCUAAUAAUUGCCUCACUGGUAAAAUGCAAUGGCUGUCACAACAAUAAAGUAAAGUUCGAAAAGA